AUGAGCUUAUAUGACGACUUCUUUGCUAGAGCAAACAUUGGUGAUGAAGCAUUUAUCCCUAGAAAAGGCACUUUAACUCAUUCACCUGACAUUCAACCUGCCGGUACCAAGCUUAUUGAUGACCCGCAAGACUACUUUAUUGGAAGAAAUGGAGCUCAAUACGAUGUAGAUAGAGGUACCAGCAUCACAGCAAGAUCACGAAAUUAUAUUUAUGUCCGAGGUGCCUCAGCCUUGUCAACAGAAGGGGUUAUCGAGCUUUACUUCGUACCGAGUUCACUACUCAUGCACCCAAAUGGUUGGUCAAAGAAUCAAUUAAAAGAUGAGAAAGGAAAUACAAGCAUUCCUUUCAAAGCACUUAAUAACCAAAGGAUAGUCUUGAGUACACCGUUUGUUUGGGACAAUCCAAUACCUGAUCAACAUUACUGCCUUGUAUCACGCAUUGUUACAAAGAGACAUCCAAAUCCUAUACCAACCUCACUUGCUGGUUGGGAUAGCUUUUAUGAAUGGCUCAAAGAGUCACCCGGAAUAGGCUGGCGAAACAUAUCAAUUGUGAAUUCUUCAUUACCAACCAGCACUGCAACAACAGACCUACAUAUCCCGCAAGAAUGGGAUUCGCAUGAUGCUUUGGUUUACCUCGAAACAAUCGAUAUACCUAAUGGAGUUACCGUGUCUUUCUCCUCAAGUAAUAUCGAUCCUCCUUUCAAACUCGAGCCACAGAAGAUUACUCACUCGCCUCAACGUUUUUAUGUUUUCACGAAAUUGAAUAGCGGAACCAUGGGCAAAGUCACUUACACUUAUAAUAGAAACGGUAUUCAAGUACCUGACAAUGCUAAACUUGUUCUUAAUGUUGUAAAGUUGUCCCAAAUUGGGUCGGUAACAACCGUUUUCAAACGGGAAUAA